CGUUUUAUGAAUAAUUAUGUUACACAGCAGUUGCUAACAACAUAUAAGAGGUAAAAACAAAAUAAAUGUUAAAGUAAAUGACUCCACAAUUUUUAAUUUAAAGUUAUUGUGUUAUAUAUAUUUUUUGACAACUUAAAAGUCAAAGUACGAGGUGCAAAAUGCUCUCAAUUUGGAAGAACUCAGUGCUAAUUUUUUUAUACUGCAUAUCCGAAUUCACUUGCCUUGUGACCAUUGGCAGUGCAACUGGAACUACUCCAGAAACCGAAAUAAGCUUAAAUCGUCAUAACAUACAUCAUCCACAACAGAAAAAUAUAAAUGGAGAACCACUGAGUGUGCAUUCAAAAAUUUCUACGUCUCCAGAGGAUACUUCUACCGCAACUUUGGAGGCAUUACACUUACCCUCGACACAACCGUUUACUGUCAGUGGUGAAAAUUCUCUUCACCAUAAAAGCUCGUACAACCUUCUAAGCGAAGCUAUGUCCCAGGCGGUCAGCAACGAAUUCAGUUCUAUGAACAUCGGUUCACCUGAUGCCACUUGUAAUGCUGACGAUUUUGAUUGCUACAAUGGAAAUGUGCAGGAUCGGCUAGGAAUGGAAGCCAUCGCCAGUUUGCACCGCCAGUUAGAUGACGACGACAAUGGAAAUAUUGAUCUGAGCGAAUCGGACGACUUUCUUCGCGAAGAACUGAAGUACGAUUCUGGCUAUGAAAAACGUCAAAAGGCAUUUCAUUUUAAUGAUGAUAUGCAUAUUUCGGUCAAAGAGUUAUGGAAUGCUUGGUUACGUUCAGAGGUUCACAAUUGGACUAUUGAGCAAACUACUGACUGGUUGUCCCAGUCAGUUCAACUUCCGCAGUAUGUUGACCUUUUUAAAUUACACAAGGUUACAGGUGCUGCUUUACCCAGAUUAGCCGUAAAUAAUCUGCAUUAUGUAAGUAAUGUGCUUGGUAUAAAAGACCCAAUACAUAAACAGAAGAUAUCACUAAAAGCAAUGGAUGUGGUGUUAUUUGGGCCGCCUCGGGAAACAGGCACACGAUGGAAAGAUUACAUUCUUGUCACACUUCUAUUGAGUGCGAUUAUAGGUUGUUGGUAUGCUUACCAACAAAACAAGAAUGCUAAGCGGCACUUAAGGCGCAUGGCACAAGAUAUGGAAGGAUUACAACGGGCUGAGCAAAGUCUACAGGAGAUGCAAAAGGAAUUAGAGUUGGCUCGCAUGGAACAGGAAAACGUUGCAACAGAAAAAAUGGACCUAGAACGACGCUUAAAAGAAGUUCCUUCAAUAAGUUCGGCUAGCUCAGAUCUGGAGGUACAACAGUUAAAAAAAGAAAUCGAAAUACUCCGCAAUGAACUGACGCGUGCUGAGUUUGAGCUGGUAGACAAUUGUUGGGCGCCUCCUCAACAGUUACAGUCAUGGUUACAAUAUACAUAUGAGCUAGAAAGUAAAAAUCAUCAAAAAAAACGAGUGUCUGCUGAAAGACAACUGCAAACAGCUCGAGAAGCAUGUGAAAAACUUCGCAAAAAGCGAUCUAGCUUGGUGGGCGCUUUUGUUUCCACCCACGGUAAGAGCAUUGAUGAUGUUGACCGCUCAAUUGUUGAAGCACGCAACGCACUUGGGGAAGUAACUAACGAAUUACAAGAAAGACUUCAUCGUUGGAAACAAAUAGAAACGUGUUUGGGAUUGAACAUUGUUAAUAAUAAUGGACUAUCUUACUUGGAGAAUGUACUCUAUAAUCGUAAUGGUGGUAUUUCCAGUAGCUCUGGUGGCGUUAGUUCUACGAAAGGUUCUAGAGCUCGGAUUACUAGUAGCACUGAUGAUCUGGACGAUGAAUCUGUACAAGACAAGGAAGGACCCAUCUAUGUGGCUGACCUCAUAAGUUAUUGAGCAACGGACAUAUGUUUAAAUAGUAACGUUCGAUUUAUAUAUACUGAAAAUCAUGCAAAUUAUCAGACAUUGUGUGUUAUUUUUAUGAUCAUGAUCUUAUCACCAGCAAGAAAAAUGUCACUGAAUUUUUGAUGAUGCGUAUAAAAUAUUAAUGACAUACAUAGAACACUUUAAGCUUGGCCUGUAUAGUUGUGUUAAGUUGUAUUCCAGUAUUUACAAAAAAACCUAAAGUUAAACUACA